AUGGCCUCACUGUGGUCUGCAAAACCUGCAGACCCCCCCAAAGACGUGGCAGAUGUUGCCGACACUGGCCUUGCAGACGUUGGUCUUCCUGCCCCUCAACCGCCAACGAGUGUUCCCAUGGCACGGCCACAGCUCCAGAGAAACCAACCUCAGCCCCCCCCGCCUCAUCAACCUCCUCCUCCUCCUUCGCCCCAGCAAGUCGGCAAUCCGAAUGACUCCCUUUCAUUGAUGCAACUCCGGCGCAUCGUCACCGACUUUCCCAAAGCCGAAGCAGCCCCCUUUGCCUUUACGUACGCGGAUACUGCGAGCUUCGAGGAAGAGAUUGAUGAGUGGUUUUCAUACAACGAAGCAGAGUAUAAGCGGUUGUUACGCGCAAAUGAUACAUUCGUAAGAAGAUGGAAGAAAUUUGCGGGAAUUCCAUGGUUGGAGACAGAGGCAAGAAAACGAGAGAGCUUUGUUGAACGAGAGGUCAAUGGACUAUUAGCUACCGACCUUCGCGCCGAUCCUGUGGAGGAAACAAAUGCUCCAAAGAAAACCAGGGCUACGGAGUGUCAUCUGGAGCACAUGAAGUUCGGUAUCCUGCUAGUCGCAAGAGCUGGUGGAAUUCCUCUCUUGUACGAAGUUAUGCAGAAUGCAUUCAAGCACCUUUGGGACGACGACUUCCGAGAAAACAAAUUGACGGAAGAGGACAUUCCAUUCAUCCAAGAUGAACUUGACAAUGUUACUACAAUCAUGUACCUUGUGAUCGAGGGUGUUCGCAAUGACCCUGUUACUCUGGAAUAUCCCCGGGGGAAGCUGCUUGGACUCAAUCCGGGUAUUGUUAACUACUUGGUGACUAUUACUGCUCGUCUUCGGUGGGAUGAAGCGAAUGAACUACCCCAAACAAGAAUCUUUCUCCUUUUCUGGAAAGCGAUACUUGUCGUCUUCGGAGGUGCCGCCGAAGUCGAUGAGCUUAAAAAAGCAACUGCCGAGCUGAGAGAUUCUAAAAGUGGUGCAGGCGAACUUAUCACUGCCUCGCCCCUGGAUUACCAUAUAUUCCGCCAGGAAAUUACUUCAAAAUACCCCGCAUAUACCCCGCCACAACCAUUACUUCCUCUUGAACCGGAUAACAAUUCCAUCCUGCCACCACUUCCCAACCGACCAAGUAGGGCGAAUGGUGCGAAUGGAAUAAUACCACCUCCAAUGAAUGUCAAUAGUAGUGGUGCUUCCAUUCUACACCAACCUGUACAUAUUGCAACCCCAGCACCGUCGCCUCCACCUUCUCCACCAGUUGGUGGCAAAGCUGGGAAGAAACAGAAUUAUCAAACCAAUCAGAAUUUCCCAUUCAUGUAUCCCCCGUUAGACAGCACCAGCAACAGUGCGGGAGGAAAAGGUGCCGCUGGAAUGCAAGAAGUGCUCGUCGGUCACAGAUGGGAAGGAAGCGAUAUCCCAAAGUCAAUCCUCGAAGCCGGAGAACUGUUUGCCAGGAGGAUGAGAAUGACAAGGGCAAUGCGUCAAUUGUGGGAUGAGCGAGAGCGCUUCCUCAAAUUUGAGCGAGGAUGGGACAUUGAAAAUGAUGACAUCGAGGAGCUUGACCUGGACACUAUCCUUGCUCAUAAGCUCUCGAUGAAGGAAACGAAACGUAUUAAGCCUGAAGUAGACUAUGGACCAAAUCCAGAUAUUGACAACAAGCUCAGAAAGAAGCUUGAUCUCGUGGAAAGUUUCUACCGAAAUUCUAUACCACAUUUACAGUCUCUCGUCAUAGUACUCCUAAAGGCAGUCUUGGCGAAUGUGACUGCACUUAUUACCCAACCACCCCCUGGUCAGCCUCAAAGUGGUCUUGCCCCUGGCUUCAGAUCAGAAGUGAACCUUCGGGUGAACAGUGCUCAGCAACAGCCACAGCGACCUCAAGACCCCGCAAACAUUCCUCUUCCGACCAACGCAGACCAAGUAGAAUUGCAGAUUGAUGAGAUCGAAGCUUUGAGAUCAAGGGAAAUAACCGCAAAAGCAGUCUCUGGAAUUCUUCUUAUUCUUCUCAAGUGGUUCAAAGUCUCAAACAUUUUGAAGUUUGAGUACCUUACCCAGCUAUUGCUCGAUUCGAAUUAUCUCCCACUUGUUCUUAAGCUCUUUGCUCAUCAAGAGAUGGACAAGGUCGUUGUUAGCAAAACCGAUCGUGAAGAUAUGAGCUUCUUCUCAUUCUGCAAUCUAAACAGCAAGAACGCACCCCUAGCAAACGAUAUCGAGCCCGAAGUAGAAAGCGAAGAUGAUGCCGCUCCCCCACCAAUAAAGACCCGUCGCGAGCUCCCUGUAGCAGAAGUCGAUGACAAACUCCCCGCCCUCGCAUUCCAAGAAGGUCAACAUGCAGGGAAGCGUGAAGUUGCAGAAGGCGAUGAAUUCAGUGGCGAGCAACCAUCUGAACCCAUCACCGACUUCUCAUGGCGGAACUUCUUCUCCUCAAUCAACUUCCUGCGUAUCAUGCAGAAAAUCUGCAAAAAUAAAGCACACCGCAACCUCCUCCUCGUCCAAUACAAAUCCUCCAACAUCCUCAAGAAAGUCACGAAACCAGCCCAGCCAGAUCUGCGACUCUAUACCUUGAAGCUGUUCAAGAACCAAGUGCCCUACUGCGGUCGCAAGUGGCGACAGGGCAAUAUGCGCAUAAUUACACAAGUGUACCUUCAUUGCCGGCCUGAACUUCGCGAUGAUUGGCUAGCGGGAAGUGAUAUCGACGCUGAGGUUGAGGAAGCGCUGCCCCUGGAACAAGCGUUACGCGCGCUCACGCACUGGCAUAACAUAAAACGGUAUCCGGACCAGAUGGGUGCGGACACGAAGCUGCUAGAGGAGGAACAUGAUUUCUUUGUUAGGGAGCUGGAUAAGAUGGCUUGGUUGGAUGAUGGAUUUAUGGAUGGUGAGAGCGUGGCGGAUGGUGCUUGGGAUGUAAAUGGUUGGUGA